AUGGCGACCCCCGCGUUUGGCGCACACGGCGCGAGUGCCGAUACCAAGACCGUGGAGACGUACCACGAGGAUGCUGUGCACGAUGCGCAGCUCGACUUUUACGGCAGCAAGCUGGCGACCUGCUCCUCCGACCGCACCGUCAAGGUGUUUGACGUGCAGAACGGCGCGGCGACCGGUGCCGGCGAGACGCUUGUCGGCCACGAAGGGCCUGUGUGGCAGGUCGCGUGGGCGCACCCGUCCUUUGGCACGAUCCUCGCGAGCGCGUCCUACGACGGCAAGGUGUUCAUCUGGAAGCAGGAGGCCGGUGCCCAGACGUACGGCGCGAGCAGCUGGACGCGCAUCAAGGACCAUGCGCUGCACACUGCCUCGGUGAACGCCAUCUCCUGGGCGCCGCACGAGCUCGGCGCGACGCUUGCAUGCGCGUCGUCGGACGGCAAAGUGUCGGUGCUCACCUUCAACUCGGACGGCUCGUGGUCGGUGGACAUUGUCACGGCGCACCCCGCGGGCUGCAACGCGGUGUCGUGGGCGCCGGCGGUGGUCGCGGGUGCGGACGCGAACGAGCCCGCGCCGCUCGUCCGCCGCUUUGCGAGCGCGGGCUGCGACUCGGUUGUAAAGAUCUGGGAGUUUAGCGAGGAGGACAACCGCUACAUUGAGGUCGAGCAGCUCGCCGGGCACACGGACUGGGUGCGCGACGUGGCCUUUGCGCCGAACCUCGGCCUGGCACGGACCUACCUCGCGUCCGCGUCGCAGGACGGCACCGUGCUCAUCUGGACCCAAAACGGAGCGGAGGCGCCGUGGACCAAGACCGCGCUACAGCCCAAGAGCAACCCGGCGGACCCCGCCAAGUUCCCGGACACGGUCUGGCGCGUGUCGUGGAGCAUCAGCGGCAACGUGCUGGCCGUGAGCUGCGGCGACGGCAAGGUCUCGCUCUGGAAGGAGAACCUCAAGGGCGCUUGGGAGUGCAUCAGCGAGUAG